AUGUUUAUAAAUGAAAAAGAAUCAAGAUUUAUUGAACAUCAGAAAACAUUAAAAGGAUUUCAAAACUUAUUUCCAAACACGUCAGAAAUGUCAACAAUUGAAGAAGAUGAAUUUAUUAGUUUGAUAGAUUUUUAUAAUGAUGAUAUGGCAGAUAAAAAUAAAGAUAUUUUGAUAUCUGAGUUAAAACUUUGGCAACGUAAAAUACUUGCACUAGAAAAACAGCCUAAAAAUGCUAUGGAUGCUUUAACUAUCUGUAAUGACAUGUAUCCAAAUAUAUACAAAUUACUACAGAUUUAG